AGCCAAUUUCAAUCCAACCCCACACAAGCAAUUCCCCAAUUCCAAAACAGCAUGUACACAGUUUUCCCCCAUUGAAAUUCCAAAACCCCAUUUCCCCCUUCUUCGCCCUCUGCAGUCUGCAGCAUUAUCUCUCUCCCUUCCUCUCUUCAAUGGCCUAAUUCCUUCCCACCCAUUUCCCCAUUUCUCCAUCUCCUCUUUUCGUUCUCCAACAUUUUCACACUUAACCAUCUCCUCUUUCACUCUUCAAUGGGCUUUUUGGGAUUUUGGCCUUAUUUGGCAGCAUUGUUUUUCAUUUCUCUUCAUACCCAUUUAGCUUCCUCAGCUUUGAUUCUCAGUUUGAAGCACCAUUACCGGAACAGCGACCACCAUAAUCGCCGCCCGAUGCUUCAAGCUAACCAAACCAGCUGUGCUCUGUUCGCCGGAACUUGGGUUCGAGAUAAUUCAUAUCCACUUUACCAAGCUUCUAAUUGUCCAUUUAUCGAUCCUGAGUUCAACUGCCAAGCUUACGGCCGACCGGAUUCAAAUUACCUCCAAUACCGUUGGCAGCCGCUCGAUUGUGAGCUCCCAAGGUUCGAUGGGGCUGAGUUUUUGAUGAGAAUGAGAGGAAGAACAGUGAUGUUUGUUGGUGAUUCAUUGGGGAGAAACCAAUGGGAGUCAUUGAUUUGUUUGAUCUUCUCAUCUUCUCCUCAAACUCCUACUCAAAUGACUAGAGGAGAACCUCUUUCAACCUUCAGAUUCCUGGAAUAUGAGUUAACUGUGUCCUAUUACAAAGCCCCAUAUCUUGUGGACAUAGAGAUAGAGAAUGGGAAGAGAGUGUUAAAGCUGGAGGAGAUAUCAAUGAACGGAAAUGCUUGGGUUGGAGCUGAUGUGAUUUCCUUCAACACUGGACAUUGGUGGAGCCACACUGGCUCUUUACAGGGGUGGGAUUACAUGGAAUCUGGAGGAUCAUAUUAUCAAGACAUGGAUCGGUUGGGUGCAAUGGAAAAGGCUCUAAGAACAUGGGCUGAUUGGGUUGAGAAGAACAUUGAUGUCUCUAGAACAAGGGUUUUCUUCCAAGCUAUCUCCCCCACACAUUACAAUCCAUCUGAAUGGAACACAGGGACAGGGACAGCAUCAAUGAUGACAUCAACGAAGAAUUGUUAUGGGGAAACGGCACCCAUGGGGGGGACGACGUACCCGGGAGCGUACCCUAUUCAAAUGAGGGUUGUGGAUGAAGUGAUAAGGGAGAUGAGGAAGCCAGUAUACUUAUUGGACAUAACAAUGUUGUCUGAGCUAAGAAAAGAUGGACAUCCUUCCAUUUAUAAUGGUGAUUUGAAUCCUCAACAAAGGGCUAACCCAGAUAGAUCAGCUGAUUGUAGCCAUUGGUGUCUUCCUGGCUUACCUGAUACUUGGAACCAAUUGUUUUAUACUGCAUUGUUCUUUUAGCUCUACCCCCUACCUAUUUUUCUUAUAUUUAACCUUAUUUUUAUUGUUCUAAUGUAAUUGAAUUCAGGGAUAUAUUGGAAUUAAUCUUUAAUCUUUCCUUCUACUAUGAUGUAAUUUGUAAAGUAAUAGAUGAUUCAUUGUUAGUUGAGAGAAAUGCAUGGGAGUAUAGGGACACUAUUUUGGGUCA